GAGGCAUUAGUCCCCGCCCCGGCAGCUCACUCAACCCGACCUGAAGAGAAGGCGAGUCCACGGCUAAAAAUAUAAAAGCUAACACAAGAUGGCCGGUUUGCCUCGUAGGAUUAUCAAGGAGACACAGCGGUUGAUGGCAGAGCCCGUUCCAGGGAUCACGGCUACGCCUGAUGAAGGGAAUGCACGUUACUUCCAUGUGGUCAUUGCGGGGCCUCAAGACUCUCCCUUUGAAGGAGGCACAUUUAAACUUGAACUAUUUCUUCCAGAAGAGUAUCCCAUGGCAGCUCCCAAAGUGCGAUUCAUGACCAAAAUCUACCACCCCAAUGUCGACAAACUGGGAAGAAUAUGUUUAGACAUUUUGAAAGAUAAAUGGUCUCCAGCCCUGCAAAUCCGCACAGUGUUGCUAUCUAUCCAGGCGUUAUUAAGUGCUCCCAAUCCAGACGAUCCCCUGGCAAACGAUGUCGCAGAGCAGUGGAAGAAAAACGAAAGCCAUGCCAUUGAGACAGCCCGAACAUGGACCAGGCUCUACGCGGGCAACACUGAAGUAUAGAAGAAGAGAGACGAGGCGUCUGAAUGUGAUCCACAAAAUGUACUCCUAUUCUGUCAACAUUUGAAUUUAAACGGACACAAAAAAAGAGAAAAAAAAAUAAGAAUAUAAGUCCAAAUCUAUUUGAAAGAAAUGACAAGAUUUACUGCUGCAGACCUCUGGGUGACUUAUUUUCCUCUGUAAGACGCGUUAAAUGUGUGUUAGCCUUUUUUUCUUUCUUUUUUUUUUUUUUCCUGUGUUGCUAUUUAAAUGCAUGGACAGAGAAUGACACCCUCCCCACUACAGUCUUAAAAAGAACGUGUUCAAAUAACAUACGAUAUGUUGUCCUGAACUCGGCACAUACAGUACUGGUACGUUUGCAAGAUUAUACAUGCAUUAAAGCUGUCCUUCUUUUAACACAUGCAUCAUUUGUCAGCACAUCUGUAUGUCUUUUUGUGAGAGAUGACAUUAAACACAUAGAGAGCUGACACCCCCCCCAUUAAAAGUAGCAAGCAGAAUAUAUAAGUGGAUUUUCACUCUCCUUCUUCUAACAAAUAUGAUGAGUUAAGGGAAAAAAAGGCCUUACAUUCAAGAAGAAGAAGAAGGGUAGCUGGACUCUCACUCCUGCUUGUGUUUAAUAUUCCUGGUUGCUACAGUAACAAGCAUGCGUAACACUUCACAACACUGAAUAUUUAGUAGAUGUUGCAGCUAAUUCAGCAUCAUCCCAAAAGCACACGGGGCACUUAAUACUAAACAAAAAGAGAAUAUAAUCUUUAUAUGUCAAAGCACGUAAUCUUGGAAGUGCUCACGCUUGUUCUCAAAUAAUACUUCAAUCCGAAAUUGAACUUCCUCUAAUUGUGUUGCCUGUCGUGUUCGCUUUAAUGUGAGAUUUGCUGAAGUGAAAGAACAGAGGAAGGUAUUAGAGGGCAGAAACGAAACAUGUUCAUCCACGUACAGCUGAGGAGGGUUCAUCCCCCCCAUUAAAAUCAGACUUUCAAAACAAUAAUUUAACAGUGAAACAAUUUGUUAAACUCUUAAAUGUUACUGGUUACCUGCCAUAGUGGUCGGUAGAGAUAAUAAAAAAAGCGGCCAGAAUUUAGUCUGUGGUUAGUGUCAGUUUGUCGCCCCUGCAGAUUUACAGACAGAUAAUUGUUUGAUUAGAUGCCUUAUAUAAAUGAGUUGAGGAUUUGGCUCAUAGCAACCCAAAUCAAGUUAAAUCAAAUGAUUUAAAGUCUAUAUUGAGUGUCACAUCAAACGUUCUGCUAAGGAGUAGUAUGAAAUGUUUAAAAACCUCAACACUUAAAAUGUCAGAAACUGGAUUUAAUGUUCAUCAGUGUGUUUUUACAUAUCUGCACAACCCUUUUUGGACAGUUUGGGGAGGGUGAUCUGGAUCAGCGAGACACCUACACACAUUUAAAAGAAAAAGUAAUUCACACAUUCAGAAAGGUAGAAUGAGACAACAUAUAAUAAGUUGCUUUUUAACACAGUGAGUCACAUUUAAAACAAAAUAAUCACUGUAUUGUGCUGAAAAGGAGCCGUAUGCAUGUUGUUGCAGGCUAUUAAUUUGUGUUGCAAAUUAUGUCCUUUUUUUUUUUUAAGGGUGUAGGAAGUUGAGCUGUUGUUUUUACUUUCAUUUUUUUUAAUGAAUUUUCUGUCCAUGCAAUCUCUGUUGCCUGUUCUCUGUUUUAUUUUCAGUGUUACUUUGUUUAAAAAAGAAAAAACAAGGCAUGUACCAUAACCAAACCGAUAUCAGGACAGUUCACGUGAGUUUUCUUCAGGCCGUUUGUGAGAGUUUGUGAGGUCUUGAAUUUUCUUUGAAGGGAAAGUUGAGGCUUUUUUUUUGGAGGUUGGGUUGUUAAUUAUAAAGUUUUUUUUCUCCACCUUGAUUCUUCAUUGAGUUACCUACUUUUGCUACUUCUGUGAUACUGAUCUGUGAUGAUAAUGCAAGUGAACUUAACUGAUACUUCUGAGUGGAUCAUUGUGGUAGCAGAAAAGGUGAUUUACAAAUAAAAAGGUGUUCAAGAUUAAAAACAAUCUUUAUCAUGCUAUUAUGGAUUUUCUAUUGGCUAGAAAUUAUUUACAGCAUGUCCCUUAAAAUUGCACACAUGAAACCUAAAAUUGUAGGUUGGGAUUUGUUGGUUAACCUGUAGAAAAGACUUCAGAAAUCCUUAAACUUUCCUUUUAAAGGAUCCUGUGUUUGUGGGUUGGAGAGAUCAAUGUGAAAACAUCAGAUUAUGACUCAAAACAAAGCAUGAAAGGCUCAUAACUCAGUAGUUUAGACCCUCCAUGAUACUGUAUUGCUUCUGUAUGGCUCAUCUGAGGGAGGACUGUAAUGUUAGUAAAAAUAUUUUUGUUAAGCUUUCUUUUUUGGUUGCUUUUUAUUGGACUGUUGCAGGCAUUGGUGUUGCUUAGACUUGUUUGUGUCCUGUCCUCGCCCAGAUAUAUUUAGACCUAACUAACUGUUUCUAACUGCAACAUUUACUCAAGUCUGGAAGAUAGCGCACGGCUUAAAAACCUGGUUAAUUUAUUGUUUUUCCCUGAGGGACUUGACAGUAAUUUAAACCAAGGAACAGUCACUCACUGGAUUUUUGAAAGCAUCUAGAUCAAAUUAUUAUCAAGAGAUCAAACUCUGAUUAAUCAGCUCCCCCCGUGUGUAAAAAGAAGAGUUCUGUCAGUAAUUUCAGUACAUUUGCAUACAUGGCUCUUCAAAUGCUCUGUAAAUAAACUGAGUUGAGUAAGUAAG